CCAUGGUGCCCUGUUCUUCUGUGACCCCUCCCUUGAUGGUCCUUCUUCCCCAUUCGGUGGCUUUUACAGAAUGAAAUUUCCCAAUGCUUAAACUGGAAUUCCUCAGAUCAAAACUAAUUGCAGAGUUUCCGGCUGACCAGCAUUCAUAGGAAUGAAGACAAACUCAGAGAUGGUGUGUCUAAGAAACUUCAAAAGGUGUAGACCUCCUGAUUGAAGGUUUGAUUUGAUUCAUUUCUUCAUAACAUUCCUGUUCUCUACAAGGGAGUCAUGAUCACACUAACAGAGCUAAAGUACUUAGCAGACGCCCAGUCAUCCUACCACAUCCUGAAGCCAUGGUGGGACGUCUUCUGGUAUUACAUCACCCUCAUCAUGCUGCUGGUAGCCGUGCUGGCUGGUGCGCUGCAGCUAACCCAGAGCAGGGUCUUGUGUUGUCUUCCCUGCAAGGUGGAGUUCGACAACCACUGCGCCGUGCCUUGGGACCUCCUGAAAGCCAGCGAGAACGCGUCCUCUAACUCGGGCGUGCCGCUGGCGCUGCCGCUGCGCAUCCAGAACGACCUCCACCGGCAGCAGUACUCCUACAUUGAUGCCGUCUGCUACGAGAAGCAGCUCCACUGGUUCGCCAAGUUCUUCCCCUACCUGGUGCUUCUGCACACGCUCAUCUUCGCAGCCUGCAGCAACUUCUGGCUCCACUACCCCAACACCAGCUCCAGGUUGGAGCACUUCGUGGCCAUCCUUCAGAAGUGCUUCGAUUCUCCGUGGACCACACGUGCCCUGUCAGAAACCGUGGCCGAACAGUCAGUGAGGCCCCUGAAACACUCCAAGUCCAAAACCUUGCUCUCGACCUCAGGGGGUUCUGCCGACGCUGAUGCCAGCAAGCAGUCAUCUCCCCACCCACAGCCGGGCUUGGAGUCGCCGGGCAUAGAAAGUCCGACUUCCAGUGUCCUGGACAAGAAGGAGGGUGAACAGGCCAAAGCCAUCUUUGAGAAAGUGAAGAGGUUCCGUCUGCACGUGGAGCAGAGGGACAUCAUUUAUCGGGUGUACCUGAAGCAGAUAAUUGUCAAAGUCAUCUUGUUUGUCUUCAUUAUAGCUUACGUUCCAUACUUUUUAAGCUGUAUAACUCUUGAAAUCGACUGUUUGAUCGAUGUGCAGGCGUUCACAGGCUAUAAGCGCUAUCAGUGUGUCUACUCCUUGGCGGAAAUCUUUAAGGUCCUGGCUUCGUUUUACGUCAUUUUGGUGAUCCUUUACGGCCUGACCUCCUCCUAUAGCUUGUGGUGGAUGCUGAGGAGCUCUUUGAAGCAGUAUUCCUUUGAGGCACUCAGAGAGAAAAGCAACUAUAGUGACAUCCCCGACGUCAAGAAUGACUUUGCCUUCAUCCUGCAUCUGGCCGACCAGUACGACCCUCUGUACUCGAAACGCUUCUCCAUCUUCCUGUCAGAGGUCAGCGAGAACAAGCUGAAGCAGAUCAACCUCAACAACGAGUGGACUGUCGAGAAACUGAAAAGCAAGCUCGUGAAAAACUCCCAGGACAAGGUGGAGCUGCAUCUCUUCAUGCUCAGCGGCCUUCCCGAUAACGUCUUUGAGUUAACAGAGAUGGAGGUGCUGAGCCUGGAACUCAUUCCCGAGGUCAAGCUACCGGCCACCGUCUCUCAGCUUGUCAAUCUCAGGGAACUUCACGUAUACCACUCGUCCCUGGUCGUCGACCAUCCUGCCCUGACCUUCCUCGAGGAGAACUUGAAAAUCCUCCGCCUGAAAUUUACCGAAAUGGGCAAGAUCCCCCGCUGGGUGUUCCACCUGAAGAACCUCAGGGAACUGUACCUGUCAGGCUGCGUUCUCCCGGAGCACGUGAGCAACAUGCAGCAGGAGGGCUUUCAGGACUUGAAGAACCUGAGGACCCUCUACCUGAAGAGCAGCCUGUCCCGCAUCCCCCAGGUGGUGACGGACCUGCUGCCCUCCUUGCAGAAGCUGUCCCUCGAUAACGACGGAAGCAAACUGGUUGUUCUGAACAACUUGAAGAAGAUGGUCAACCUGAAAAGCCUGGAGCUUCUCAGCUGCGAUCUUGAACGCAUCCCACAUUCCAUUUUCAGCCUGAACAACCUGCAUGAGCUGGACCUGAAGGAAAACAACCUGAAAACGGUGGAGGAGAUCAUCAGCUUCCAGCACCUUCCGAGCCUUUCUUGCCUGAAGCUCUGGCACAACAACAUCGCUUACAUCCCUGCCCAGAUUGGGGCGCUGUCCAACCUGGAGCAGCUGUUCCUGGGUCACAAUAACAUCGAGAGCCUGCCCUUGCAGCUCUUUCUAUGCACCAAACUGCACUACUUGGAUCUAAGCUAUAACCAUCUGACCUUCAUUCCAGAGGAGAUCCAGUACCUGACCAACCUGCAGUACUUCGCUGUGACCAACAACAACAUCGAGAUGCUGCCGGACGGGCUGUUCCAGUGCAGGAAGCUCCAGUGUCUGCUUCUGGGGAGAAACAGCCUGACAGAUCUGUCCCCGCUGGUGGGGGAGCUGUGCAACCUCACCCACCUCGAGCUCGUCGGGAACUACCUGGAGACACUGCCUCCGGAACUGGAAGGCUGCCAGUCCCUGAAGCGGAGCUGUCUGAUUGUCGAGGACAGUUUGCUCAACACUCUCCCGCUCCCUGUGACAGAACGUUUGCAGACGUGCUUGGAUAAAUGUUGACCUAGGGAUCAGACCCACGGCGAAAGCGGUUUUCAAGUGAGGCCCCAGAGCUUAAAGGUAAUGAAGAUGAAAGAUGGUUGAUGGUUAUGACACACCAUUACCAAAAAUCUUACCAAAUAACCCAGAGUCUAAAGCAGGUGGGCAAAGAUGCCAACACUGGAGUGUGGGGAAUAACUGAUCUUUAAAUUAUUGAGGAUACUGUAAGAAAAAGUAUACACUGAGGUGGACUGAGAGGCAUGCAGUUAGGGAACCUUCACCUUUCCAGUCUUAUCUUCAGGGCUGCGUCUCUCCUCUCUCCUUUCAGCCGUUCUUAUUUGCACACUUGUUUUCCUGGCUUUCCAGUUUUGAUGUUUAUCACCAAACCCAUAAAGACUCAUCAGCGCCAGUGUCCUUGAUGUAUGCUCGCCAUUAGUUUUGAUUCAUAGUCUUCCAUUUGUUAAGCAGGGUGUGUGUGCUUGGCUCGCUCCCCACUUCCUUUCUCAUUUGCUGGAAUCUUCUUCUGGUUUUCCCCAAACAUCCCUGGGACAAUGUUCACAUUGGCAUCCGCCUACAACAGGAGCCAGGGUUCUGAGGACGUGUGACCUUCUGAGCAUCCUAGAAAUUAACGGGUUCUCAAAAUUGUCUUCUUGUCUGUCAUCCAAGCCUUUUUAAAAUAUGUUCAGAAUUUUUAUAUGAAGUGUAACAUAUUUUCUACUAUAUGAUCUCAGAUCUCCAUCUCUGAGGAAACUUUAUAAGGUACAGUAAGCACGUGCGCCUCUAUAAGAAUUUCCUGAUUCUGGAUUUGAGCCGAUUAUACUUCUCAUGUUUGUAUGCAUUCUGCUCUCAAAAGGUUUUGUACCCUGCAACUAAUUACUUUUGGAUGACAAAAGCCUUGUUUUUUUCCCCCCUAAAGUCUCUGAGGGGUUUCCAUGGGAGAGGACAGCUGCAUCUUCUACCUCUCCUUGGUGUUGUGCAACCAGCCAUACGGGUACGCGUCUCAGUUACUUACAAACUGCUGGAGGGGAGAGGACAAGAUCUAGACUGGAAAGCACUCUGCAGAAUAAAGCUGUGUCCACACGGUCUCCCGGUGUGAUUGUGAUGGAAGCUGUCUAUUCUCCGCCUAACUGAGCUCUUUGACCUGGUGUCCAUGCCUCUUAACUCCUGAGAUAAAUCUUGCUCCUUUUGACUGAGAACUUUGUGUCUGACCCUUUAUUACCAUGCACAUCAACUGAAUAAAUAAAGCAGACUGGCUCGCUUUGGAGCAAUGAA